AUGGCUCACACUGUCAGAUUGUGUAAGUAUGUGGCAGUAGAGCUGAAAUCUGCCUUUGAGGAAACUGGGAAGACCAAGGAGGUGAUUGACACAAAGUAUGGCUUUCUAGACGGAAAGGGGUCUGGAAUCAAGUACACGCAAUCGGAUAUCCGACUGAUCGAGGUGACAGAGACCAUCUGCAAGAGACUGUUGGACUAUAACCUGCACAAAGAGAGAACUGGCAGUAACAGGUUUGCAAAGGGAAUGUCGGAGACGUUUGAAACCCUGCACAACCUGGUGCACAAGGGGGUGAAAGUGGUGAUGGACAUCCCCUAUGAGCUGUGGAAUGAGACCUCUGCUGAAGUGGCUGACCUCAAGAAGCAGUGUGAUGUGCUGGUGGAGGAAUUCGAAGAUGUGAUCGAGGACUGGUACAGGCAUCACCAGAAGGAAGACCUGGCUCAGUUUCUCUGUGCGAACCAUGUGCUGAAAGGGAAAGACACAAGCUGCCUGGCAGAGCAAUGGGCCAGCAAGAAGGGAGAUGUAGCGACCGCGGGGGAGAAGAAGACAAAGAAAAAGGGUGGCAAGAACAAGAAAGCAGCAGAGAGGAAAAAGAAAAACAAGGAGAAGGUUGAGGAAGCAAAAAGCCACCUGGACCCAAGUGCUGAAGGGAGCCCUGAGGAGGAGGGGGAUAUCCAGCCGAAGGCUCCCCUUGCGCACAGCCCAGCUGACGAGCUGUAGUCUCUUAGACGCUGCACGCCGAUUUGCAGCCCAUGGUAGGGACAGCGAACGCUCUGGACACGUGGGAUAUUGGAUGCGCUCUGGGCCUCGCAACAGCCAGUUGCCUCACAAGACGGUGACCCCUUAUUUACUGAAGGGAAAUAAAUUAGAACUCUUCUAAUUUAUUGCUCCAAGGGCGGCUGGGUGGAGAUCUCGCCGUAGCUAGUCAGCAUUACCGUGAGCUGCGGUACCACAUGGAUCACAGAUGUGGAGUACCAGCGGCUGUCAGAGACCCCUGCACACGCAGGGCAGCUGGGCCGGACAGGAGAUGCCUCCUGAGUAUGUGGAGCUUGUUAAACUCCUCUUAAUACUUCCUAGACAAUACAGAUCCUGCCUUUAGCGGGAGAGACCUUCCACCCUCUGCUCUUCUCCCUGCCGCCUCUGUCCCAGCUUGAUUGUAUUGAUGAGGGGGUCUGGAAGUGGGAGAAAGGAGUCUGGUUUGCUCACGGCGGAGCCCCUGGCUUUUGUCUGCAGCUGCCCCCAGGGCAGGGAAUUUGGCAGUGGCUUGGAAGGAGAGUGGCUUCUGCGUGGCCAGCCUGGCGGGUUUGGACAGAGUCUGUUCCACGAAGGCUGGGCCCAGUCCUGCCCUCCCCUACGCCAGGCAGUCCCACUGAGCUUGCUGGGGUCCCACGAUGAGUUAUCCUCCCGCUCUGCAAGCUUGCUGCCCACCUCUCUCCCGUAGGACCAUUCCAUUCAGGAGCAGCCAUUCCAGCUUCCUGGAAGCCUGUGGUUCCUGCUGUUGCUGCAGAGAGGGCCCUUCACCCCUCUGCUGAUGUCCUGUUCCAUUUGGUCUAGCUUUCACUGUCCCAUCUGCACCGUGGACAGCAGCUCCUGGCUUUGCAAGGAGGGGCUCCCUUGUAUUUUAUGCAGUUCUUUGCUACCUGUUGGCGGUUUCUCUUAAAGUGCCAGUAGAUAUUAACACCCUCCCUGUGGGGUGUGGGAGCAGGACCCACCAUGGCCUGCAGGGGCACCCAGCUAACUUCAAAUGCAGUCUUAGUCCCUCCUGCAUGUGCCCAGGAGCCUCCCAUCAGCUCUUACCGCUCAUCAAAGCACGUGGGGACCCCAGCCUGGGAGUGGGGUUAAGUCUGGUCCAGUCCAGCCAGGCUGACCUGUGAUCUCGGCACUGCAGCUCACUGAGAGAGCUGUUCUGCUAGAAGUAGGUAUGUUUCUGAGUGCUCUUGCGUCCCACCAGCUCGAUCUUGUGUCAUGGAAUAUUCCCAGGUAGUGAGAGACUCAUUGGUCUGACCCUGUUUUUCAGGCUAGUGAGCGACUGUUGGUUCCCUCCCCCAGGCAGGGCACCAUACUCCAGGCACUAGCACUGCCAACUCUUGCCACUGUAUCACAGGUCUCGUGGUAUUUGGUGUUUUCUUUAAAACCUCAGCUCCUGGCGUCAUGGGGUUAUGUGAGAAUCUCCGCUUUAGAAUGAAGCUGUUUCUAGCCCUCGUGGCUGCAGGGGACAGCUUGAAAGUGUCACCAGUGUGACCUGAAAGGCUCAGAAGUCAAAGAGAACCCCAAAUGUGUGGUGGUUUUUAAUCCUCUUGUGGGGAUUGUUGGGGGCUAGCCCCUGGGUUCUGAAUGGGGAGGGUUGGCCCUGCCACUUAACCGCAGCCCAAAAGGCACACUUGGAACUCGGCUUAGAAUUAUUUUUAAGCAAGGCGGCUUUACACCACUUCCUGCUGUGGAGUAAUCCUGUCAUGCAAUUGACUGACUGCAGCGGGAGUGGGGGUGGGUCGGUACGGCUGGGCACGGGCGACGGGGAGGAAUGAACGAGAAUAUCUGGUGUGACAAGAGUUUUUGUCCUUUCAGUUUCGUUCUAUGGCAACUCCAGCAGUUACUAUAACUGUACACUGGAAUCUGUUACCCAAAGCAAGGGACUUGGCAUUCUAGUUAGCGAAACUGGCCUGAAGCAGCUGAGAGCCUCAUGGCUACCAGCCCUCUCUCUUCUGGAAGGUUAUCCUCUGAUCACCUUUGUCCUUCUCUCUUCCCCAUACAGUCCUCCCUUCCUCUUAUUUUUCUCUUGACAAAUAGCGUAGCUUCCCCUUGACCCACUCCUGAUGUAGGAUUGGCCUCUUCACCUGUGCGGGCUCCCAGCUACUGCUAGACAUUGGCAUCUGCUUCUCAGCACUAACACGUCUCCUGCUAAGAGCUGCUGCUGGGUUGCCCCUGGGCAGCCAGCAAUGUGCCGGUGGGGUGAUGGGCCACUGUGCAUUCGGGAGAGGCGCUCCAUGCUCUGAGCAGGGCAGGGUAUGCCAUACAGACCCCCAGGCCCUGGCACAUGCACAGCGGUGAGAUGCUGCAAUGCAACCCUUCCCUCUACACUUCCCAGCUCUUCCCCCACUCCGUGGCGAUGUGAGACAGCGAAGUGCAGCACCCACGCAGAGAGAUCACAAGAAAAUGCUCUGUGGGCCUUCAGCAGAAACAACCCUCCAGUAAAGCUGCUGCUGGAACAUCCUAACAAGAGACUCCAGCCCUACCACAGAGCCUGGCUUAUUGCUUUGUUUUUGAUCCAUGCCUCUCACCCCUGUGUUCUAGGUGCUUGUCUGGCCUUGAGCCCAGUUCCAGGUGGGGUUGUUGAGCCCAAGGUGAGGCUCCUAGGGUUUGUUUGCACAUUGUGUUUGAUUCCCCUAGUGCUUUGCAGUGGGAGGAGUGUUUGCUGCUUUGGCCAAGAUACAACAGAUGUCCAGGGUACUUCCCUGACUUGCUUAGCGGGGUGAUCAGUUCUGCUCUGCUGCCACGUAGCUGUUUGCAUAAUUGCAGCCGAAGCCUUUGUCAGGGUUUGUGCCAGUAAGUGUGAUGCAACUAGGGCAGGCCCUUGCCAGGUGCAGCUCGCUGACCAUAAACACUGAGGGGGAGACAAAGCCCAGGUCCAAGCCAGAGUAACUGCAGCCAUUGAGACGCCCAGAGAUUGCCUGCAGACGUCUGGAAUAGGAGCACGGGAGAGUUUCUCAAAUGAACGGGAAUCUUAAGACUUGUUAUCAAGAGCACUGCAGCAAACUGGGCCUGCCCUGGGAACGAUGCUGAGAUAGCAUCCAGCUGACUUCAGCCUGAACCCCAAGCUGUACAAACCCCUGUGCUGGACAGAGGGAACCUGUCUCGGACAGAGACCCAAAUCCGUCUGUUACAUGGCAGCAGCCUUGAGAUGGCUCAGAGAGGCUGCAGGGUUUCCAUAGGCGGGCAUGGCAGGGAGCUGGUGCAUGCACAGGGCAGGGAGGGUGCAGGGGCUCUUUUUAUGCCCGACCCAACACAGGACAGUCAGGCCCUGUUUGCAGUUUGGCUCAGCACCUCACUGUUCUCAACAGGCUCGUGGGUGAUGGUACCAUCCUAGUCCUCCCUGGGCUAGGCUGGAUUACAGAACCCAGCCAGUGGUGACAGAGCAGUAGCUGAUAGCCUUUCCCUAGGGUGCUCCUAUUAACCUCUCAUUUUUCUUCCCCUGCCUCCCCAGCUGGCUAAAUUUCGGAUGAGCAGUUGUAUCUUAAAUGUCUAGGGCGCUUUUGGCUCCAUAGCCAGCUCUCUUGUGGUGGUGUAGAGUGGCCUGUGAUCCUAUGUGAAUCUGGUUAAUGGUCACAUAGUUUCAACCUGAAUUCACUCUUGUGUGCUAUGUGCGGUUAUUUUUAAAUAAACUCCAAGUCUGUUAAUGGUU